UGUUUAUGCCUCCAUUGCCCCAGUUCUUAUCUGUUUUGCUCAAGGUCUCAUAACUACAAGAAGGCAAUUUCUAACGAAGCCCUUCGUGCCUUCCAAAUAGAUUAUUGUGGCGGGCUUCCACCCGGACAGUAUGCCACCCGAAUGACUGGACAAGUGCACGGGAGCGGCUGUCAUUUGCGGAGUGCCCCUUGCGAUCUAGGCGCCUCACAGCGCAAAUUAUCCAGUAAUUUCUCUGAAAUCGAUGCUGGUUUGUUUUCCGAAGGCAAAUCAGCAGCUUAUACAGACACUGGGGCCACAAAGCCGGUGGAACAAGGGGAGACGGCUUGCUGAGUGUCAGGUCUUCCAAGAUGAGCUUAAACUUCGGGUGGUGGGCAGGCUUGGUAGGUGGGAAAGGCCCGUGUCCAGAUGAAUG